AUGGAGCUGCUGCUAACAGUCGCAUUAGCUUCCUUGCUCCUCCACGUAGCAAGAGCCACCGUCGACAACACCACCGCAAGCUGCGCUCCGGCGAGAUGCGGGGACCUGAGCGUCACGUACCCGUUCUCGCUCAGCGGCGUGCAGCCGCCGUACUGCGGUUUCCCGGCGCUCCGCCUCACGUGCAACGAUGGCCGCCGCGCCUACCUCGACAGGGCGUUCACGGAGCGCCCGUACCGCGUCCAAGGCAUAUCCUACGACAACAGCUCGCUCGUGGUGUCCGUCGAGGCGUCCACCUUCGCCGGCGACGAGACGUGCAGCAUCCCGGACUUCAACGUCUCCUCCGGCCUCUCCCGCCUCCCGCUCAAGAUGAGCGACGCCAACAGGAACCUCACCGUCGUUUAUGACUGCGAGGUUCCUCGCAGCAUACGACUGCCACGGCCGUGUGCUAACCACACGAUGGGAGCUUACGUCUCCGACGGCGACGGACCAACGACGGGUGUUCCGACGAACUGCAGCUUUCUCAGCGUGCCGGUGCGCUUGUUCCGUGACGACGGAAAGCCGGCCCCUCAUCGCUACGACUACGAGGGACUGAUCAGCGAUGGGUUCCUCUUGGAGUGGACGGCGGUGGGAGACUGCGCUGCGUGCAAACGGAGCGGAGCAGAGUGCAGGUUCGUCCAACAAUCGUUCCAGUGCUUCUGCCGCGACGAGUUGCUCUGCUCAACCACGCCUCAAGGUAUCGACGGUACGGCCAGGAAGAUAAUCAUAGGGUUCUUGUUAGCAGCUACAUUCUUGAUUUUUGCAUGUGGCAUUGCUACUUAUGCAUUGAUAUGGCGAGGGAAGGAUCACAAACUAAGGGUUACCAACACCAUGGAGAGAAACAUUAAAGACUUGGUUACAUUGCAUGGAUCCCUUACUCCAAAAAGAUACGAUUACUCAGAGGUUAUAAAGAUAACAUAUUUCCUUCGUAGUAAGCUUGGAAAAGGCAGUUAUGGUACAGUUUUCAGCGGAAGGCUGGACGAUGGUCAUCUUGUCGCUGUUAAAUUAUUGCAUCUCUCCAAAGGAAAUGGAGAGGACUUUGUGAAUGAGGUCAUGAGCAUUAGCAGAACAUCCCAUGUUAACAUUGUUAGCUUGCUUGGAUUUUGUUUGGAAGGUUCGAAACGAGCUCUUAUAUAUGAAUACAUGCCAAAUGGUUCUUUAGAUAAGUAUAUUUAUGCAGAGAACCACAAAGGAAUUUUAGGAUGGGACAAACUGUAUAAAAUUGCAAUUGGAAUUGCCCGUGGGCUAGAAUACUUGCACCAUAGUUGCAACACAUGUAUUGUUCAUUUUGAUAUCAAGCCUCAAAACAUCCUUCUGGACAAAGAUUUCUGCCCAAAGAUUGCAGACUUUGGUCUAGCCAAAUUGUGUGGCACAAAAGAGAGUAAGCUUUCAUUGACUUAUCCUAGGGGAACAAUUGGCUUUAUUGCCCCUGAAGUUUUCUAUCCAACUUUUGGAAAUGUCUCAACAAAGUCAGAUGUUUAUGGUUAUGGAAUGAUGUUGCUGGAGAUGGUCGGAGGCCGGAAAAAUGUCGAAGCGAUGGAUGAGAACUCCAGUAAAAUGUAUUUUCCAGAUUGGAUUUAUGACAACUUUGCUCAAGAUGAUGGAUUACAAACCUAUGAAAUCGGAAGUGAAUUUGAGGAAAUGGCAAAGAAGAUUACCUUAAUUGGUUUAUGGUGCAUACAAUUAUUACCUAUGUAUCGUCCUACAAUAACGAACGUUUUGGAUAUGUUCGGAAGGAGAUUAGAUGAAUUAGACAUGCCACCAAAGCAAAACUUAUGUCAAAUAAUCGAAGAUUCAGCUCACAAUUUGAGUGCAGAAAAUGCAAGUGCUACAAACCCUAGUAACGCAAAGGUGCCUUCAGGUUGUGGACAGCCUGGUGCAAGGAUGAUAGUGAAACCACUUAUUAGGCCUAAGCCUGGGUUUGCUUAG